ACUCAAGCUAGGUCAGCUUUGAAAACAGUUUGUGUCGAGCUAUUGGCUUUGCUAACUAUUAGAUGUCUUUCUAGCAUAUUCCAAGGUGUCUUUUGAGUACACGUUAACUCUAUUACUGGGUCCGCAACAUCACUAUAGGUGUAGCUCAAGACAAGUGCCCAAACUUCUCUAGUCUUUACAAUACCACCAUUUAAAUAUAUAAGAUGCCAUACACCGCAUUGCUUCAUCUCCUCGCCCUAUAUAUCACCCAAGUAGCCUCCUCACAACACGUAAUCCCGCUUUCACAUGAGGUCUGCGUAUCUCAAGACUUUCCAAAUCAGCAUGCUCAGCAAUAUCCAACACUUGUUAGCGGGAAUUUGAACGGAACUACGUUGGUCGUGCCCAUACCUCUUGACAUGGCGCGUCAGGUUAUCCCUAAUGAGUAUGGAAUUCUUGAGGAAGCGUACAGAACGCUUCUACCUUCGUUUCCUCAUGGGAUGUAUCCAAUGAUGGCGCAGAUCGUGCACGAUCAUGAUCUUCAAUUGCCCGCCUAUAACGCUUCCUUAGCAGACUUCUCACGUGCUUCCCUCGAGUUUCCGUUCUUAGAUAUAUUCGGCGGUGGUCAUACCCCAUUCCGGUGGGCCGCAACUUUCAUGAUUUCGGCAGAAAACCAUCUCGCCAUUGAGGGAGCAGAGAGCUACGGCGCGGAUGUCCACCCAUCAACCUUUGAUCCGCCUUGCGACGCUUACAAGACCUUACCUAGCGGCACUACAUAUGCGCAUAGCCGGAGCAACAACAGGACACGGGAUAGAUAUAUGACCAUAGAGACGGCGCAAUCUUGGGGGAAUGUUCCGUACCCCUUGGACUUUGUCAAGAACAUCACCAACCAGCCUGUUUUUGCGAACACUCGAGCUUGUGAUUACUACAGGAGACUAUUCAACACGACGCUUUCGAGUAACGCAGAGCCAGUUGUGGGGAGUGUAAGCACGAACAUGGAACCUUUUAAAGAACCCAAGGUAUGGAGCGGUGUGUACGGAUGGCGACUAGCCACUCCAUUUCUAGAACCCCCGGAAUUUUCUGAAUGUCAACCGACGACAUAAAUCUAUUACACAAGCGUUUCCACUUGUUGGUACACCCGUAAGUCUUACGAGUAUGGUCGUUGUAAAGAGUUGAAAGGGGUCUUCCUUGUUGUCACGGUCAAUAGGGGUAGCUGUAGCACCCCUGUGGCGCUGGGCUUGGUGAUGAACUGGAGAGAAACUAAUGAACGGUAGUUACUUGAUACUGUGACCUUGAAGACGCAAGGAAAGAUUAUUCGAUCCGGAUGUAAUGUAUAAUUAGGUUAUUUACUAAAUAUACGAGUGUGGGAUCGUGAUCAAGAAGUGGGAACACAACAUAGCUGUCUGCCGAAGAACUGUAUAUGAGCCUAUUUAAACUAGACUACUGAUACAGCUAGACGCUAUUUAUCUCCGAUAUUUUAGUGGUAUGAGGAUCUAAUAGUAAGCUCAUUCUAAAUUCUAAAAAGGGAACAGAUGUAUUCUAGUUAGCACCAACAUCAUCUGGUGGUGGCGAGUGUGAUAAGGAGUAAUACAAACCCGAAAUAAGUCGAUAUGUAGGUAAAAUAUUAUUGUUCGCUAAUAAUACAUUCCCAU